GGAGCGGCAGGGAGCGGGCAGGAGCGGCAGGGAGCGGGGAGGGACCGGGCAGGAGCGGCGAGGACCGAGCAGGGAGCGGCAGGGACCGGGCCGGGAGCGGGCAACAAAGAGCUCGGUCCGCCCGGGCCGCGGGGAAGCGCUCGGUGCGGGGGGAGGAAAGGCUCGGAGAGGCACCGGCUCCAUCCAGCCGCUCCCUGCCGGGCUGGGAGGGAACGAGGGAACCGGGGAGCAGCGGCGGGGAAGCGCCGGAGCGCCCCGGGACCGAUCCCGGAGCCCCUCCCGGGGCCACUCCCGGUGCCGGUGCCGCUCCCGGUGCCGCUCCCGGUCCCCUGUCUCUCCUGGAGCCUCUCCCGGUGCCGCUCCCGUAGCCAAUCCCGGUGCCGGUCCCGAUCCCGGAGCCACUCCCGGUACCGAUCCCGAUCCCGGAGCCACUCCCGGUACCGAUCCCGGUGCCGCUCCCGGUGCCACUCCCGAAGCCUUUCCCGGUACCGCGGAGCAGCAGCAGCAGCAGCGCUUCAAAGUGAAAUUCCGGAGGAAAUUUAAAGAGCAUCCGGAUCCGGAGAAAGACAGAAAGAAAGAGGAAGGGGAGAAGGAGGAGGAAGAGGAGGAGGAGGAGGCGGCGGCGGCUGGAGAGGAUCGGUACCGGUACCGGCGGGGAUGGGGGAAUGAAUCCCUGUGGAGGCAGCGCUGGGAAGGAGCCUCAGAGCAGCUGAGAGAGCCCUGAGAGGAGCUGCUGGAGGAGGGGACACCCCACUAACUGCACCAGCCUCCUGCCCUUACUAACAAAUGUCAACAGCUCGGGAGCAGCCCAUCUUCAGCACCAGGGCCCACGUGUUCCAGAUCGACCCAGCCACCAAGAGGAACUGGAUCCCGGCCAGCAAACACGCCCUGACCGUCUCCUACUUCUACGAUGCCACCCGCAGCGUCUACAGGAUCAUCAGCGUGGGGGGCACCAAGGCCAUCAUCAACAGCACCAUCACCCCCAACAUGACGUUCACCAAGACGUCGCAGAAGUUCGGGCAGUGGGCCGACAGCAGGGCCAACACCGUCUACGGGCUGGGCUUCGCCUCCGAGCAGCACCUGAGCCAGUUUGCAGAGAAGUUCCAGGAGGUGAAGGAAGCCGCUCGUGUGGCCAGGGAGAAAUGCCAGGAUAAAACUGAGCUCACCAACCCUGCCCUGAGCAUCCCUUCCCACCAGGUGCUCCCCAGCCCCAUCAUCAGCUCCAACGGGCCGGGGGAGGACAAACUGUUCCGCAGCCAGAGCGCGGAUGUGGAGAUCAGCACCGAGAAGGAGAGGCUGAAGAAGAUGCUCUCGGAGGGCUCGGUGAGCGAGGUGCAGUGGGAGGCCGAGUUCUUCAGCCUGCAGGACAACAACUCCAAGCUGGUGGCCGCCCUGCACGAGGCCAACGCCAGCGUGGAGCAGUGGAAGCAGCAGCUGGCAGCGUACCAGGAGGAGACCGAGGCACUGCGGCACAGGGUGGCAGAGCUGGAGGCACAGGGGACCCACGAUUCCUCCAGCGAGAACAACAAGGAGGAGCUGAGCCAGACCCUGGAGGAGCUGGAGCUGCUGGUCAAGGCUAAAGAUGAGGAGAUCCAGAUGCUGAAGAGCCAGAGGUGCCGCUGGGAGGCCGAGGGGGAGCGCGAGGAGACGCUGCAGAAGCUGCAGGAGCUGGAGGCUCGGAACGCCGAGCUGGAGCAGCGGCUGCAGCUGGCAGAGCAGAGCCUGGCAGAGAGCCUGGCAGAGAGGGACAGGAUGCACCACGAGGUCACCAAGGUGGCCGAGAUCAUGGACGUGAAGAUCUUCGAGCUCAGCGAGCUCAGGCAGGGCCUGGCCAAGCUGGUGGAGAGCAACUGAGCAGCAGAGAGCCCCUGGAGAGGGGCAGCCGCAGCUGGGGCGGGCACCAUGAGAUCCUGUGGGCACCACCAUGAGAUCCUGUGGGCACUGAGAGAUCCUGAGGGCACUGAGAGAUCCUGUGGGCACCAAGAGAUCCUGUGGGCACCGAGAGCUCCCGAGGGCACUGAGAGAUCCCGAGGGCACCGAGAGAUCCUGUGGGCACCAUGAGAUCCUGUGGGCACUGAGAGAUCCCGAGGGCACUGAGAGAUCCUGAGAGCACCACCAAGAGAUCUUGAGGGCACCGAGAGAUCCCGAGGGCACCAUGAGAUCCUGUAGGAACCCAAAGAUCCUGUGGGCACUGAGAGCUCCUGUGGGCACCACCAUGAGCUCCUGUGGGCACCAAGACCUUCUGUGUUUACUGGGAAUUCUUGUGGGCACCAAGAGAACUCCUGAGGGCACCAAGAGAGCUCCUUUGGGCACCCAGAGCUCCCGAGGGCACCCAGCAGCCUCGGUGCUGCCCGGGCAGGAUUUGCCACCCACCAGCAGCUGCCUGGACAGAGCGGGCACCAGACUGGUCACUCACUGCCCAGCGAGCCCCAGAGCAGGGCACAGAGCCCCCGAGCCCCAGAUCCUCUCCAGGGAGAGCCUGAACCCCCAAACCUCUCCAGGGAGAGCCUGAACCUUCUCCAGGGAGCCCCCAAACCCCUCCAGGGAAAACCUGAGCCCCUAAAUCUCUCCAGGGAGCACCUGAACCCCCAAACCUCUUCAGGGAGCCCCUGAACCUUCUCCAGGGAGAUCCUGAGCCCCUAAAUCCUCUCCAGGGAGCACCUGAGCUCCCAAAUUUUCUCCAAGGAGCACCUGAAUCCUCUCCAGGAAGCCCCUGCACACCCAAACCUCUCCAGGGAGCACCUGAACCCCCAAACCUUCUCCAAGGAACCCCCAAACCUCUCCAGGGAGCCCCCAAACCUCUCCAGGGAGCCCCCAGACAUCUCCAGGGAGAACCUGAGCUCCCAAAUCUCUCCAGGGAGGACCUGAAUCCCCAAACCUUCUCCAAGGAGCCCCCAAACCUCUCCAGGGAGAACCUGAGCUCCCAAAUCUCUCCAGGGAGCACCCGAACCUUCUCCAGGGAGCCCCUGCACCCCCAAAUCCUCUCUGGGGAGCCCCUGCACCCCCAAAUCCUCUCUGGGGAGCC